AUGAAAACUCUAUUGCUUAUUAGCUCUAUUGCUUAUCAGAAAGAGUAUCCAAGUUAGGUACCAUUUUCUUUAUAUUCUUAAGAAAAAUUAAGCCCCUCACCUUGAUUCUAAGGACAAAUUUUAUGUAUGGAAAAUUUUCAUCAAACAUUUGUUAUAAUUAAAGUCUGUGCCCUAAAUUUCCCGUAUUUUCUGGAACUUUCAAGCAACAUUGGUUGGAAAAUUGGAAUUCUUCGAAAUCGCACGAUUUUUUUUAAUUGAGUGGCUAAAGAUCAAAAGUUUGGAAAUAUCUUUUUGAUUUUUACUUCUGAAUUUGGUCUGCAAACAGAGAACAAGCAGAAAACCUUGCAGAUACUAGAUAGCUUAAUUUUUUCCAUAACCGCAGCCGAAGGCUGCGUAGCAAAACAAGAAUGAACACCGGCGAUAGCCGGUGUAUCAUUCUUGUGAUAUAUUAAUUUUGAUAGAUUUCAAAGGAACGAAGAAGGGCAUAAAUUCGAAGGUUAUCGCAGAAAUUUCAAAUGAUUUUCUGCUCAAACAUUGUUCUGAAAAUUCUAGGUAAGACAGCAAAUAUGAAACACUAAUACGCUGGAAAAAAUUACAGAAUUCUGAAAAAUGCUGGUAUCAAAAUAUUCUGGUGCUCCAAAAACGGUCAAACUCAUCUCGAUUUUUUCUUGUGCCCAGAAUACGUUGUGACGGAUAUUUUCGAUUUCGAAGAACUCGCAGAUUCUUGCAAAAAUGCGCAAGUUCUCAACAAAUUGUUUGCUGAAGUAUUGUCUGGAAAAACGAAGACACUUUUGAAGAAAUUCUGGAAUUUUCGAAACUCGUUGACAAAGAAUAAUAAUGAUUUUCGACAAUUUUUCGAUGCUUUGGAAAAAUCAACAGGCAAUUGGCAAGUUCCGCUGGAAUUCGACAAUAAAUUUGAGAUUUCCGAAAACUUGUUGCAAUGCAAACUUAUGCAAUAUCAAAAGAAAACUGUAAAAUGGAUGAUGGCACGAGAAAAAAUGGCGGAAAAUCUGGAAUAUUUUGAAGAGUUUUUCCAAUGUUUCUCAAUUCAAGACGACAUAUUUUAUUACCCGGCGAUGGGCAUUUUUUCAUCGAAAAAAAUAUCGAAGUUUCCAGUGGAUUUGAUUCCAAAAGGUGGAAUUUUGGCGGAUGAAAUGGGUUUAGGAAAGACUAUUGAGAUGUUAGCAUUGAUUGUGUCAAAUCCGAAGUUUCCAAAUUCCAAUAACAAUACAAUUGAUGAAUCAAAAGUUGUCGGACAAUUAGAUUGGGACGAAUAUGUGAGUUGAAAAAAACUUUUUUCCAUGGAUUCCUAAAAUUUCCCCUACAAAACCAUUAUUUGUUUCAGAAAUCGAAAAAGAUCGGUCGAUCAAAUGGUCAUUCACCAUCAGUUUUCACCGUUAUCCGCAAACAAGAUUCUGAAAAUGUGAAAACUAGAAAAUGCAAAAAAUGCCGUGAAACUUGUGUUGUUGAAAGAUGCGGAUGGAAAUCGAAGUUUGACAGCAAAAAGUUCGAGUUUUUAUGCCCGUUAUGCAUAAAUGAUGAAGAAUUAAUGGAGGUUAAGACAACUCUGAUAGUUAUACCGGAUUCUUUGUGUGUUCAAUGGUAUAAUGAAAUUAAGAAACAUUGUUGUCAGAAACUUCAAAUAAUGGUGAGUUUUAAUUGACUAAAUGACCUUAAAAAUUAUUUUUUCUGUGUUUUAGUUUUAUUUUGGAUUGAACAAAGUUGGAUAUUUGCAUCCUAGAGAAAUCGAAGAAUAUGACAUUAUUCUGACAACUUAUGGAACUUUAAAAUCUGAUUUUGGUUUUGUCAAGACUGGUGCAAGAUGUUCUGCUGAUGUUAAAUUCUCUCCAAGUUCUAUCAAUCAUGUGAAAUGGUGGCGAAUUAUAGCUGAUGAGUCACAAUUGGUUGAAACUUCGUCAUCAAGUAAACUAUCCCAAAUGAGCCAAUUGCUUGAAUCAUCUAAUAAAUGGUGUAUGAGUGGAACGCCAAUUAUGAAAGAUAUCAAAGGAUUGUUUGGACUCUUCAAAUUCAUCGACUUUUUUCCAUUUUCGAUUGAGAAUAUUUGGAAUAACUGUAUUGUUCCGGAAUAUUUUGCCAAAUCCAAAUCACCUGAUAAUUCUUGGCUCAUCAAACUUGGAUCACAAUUAAUGCGAAGAAAUACAAAAGCCAUGGUUGAUUCCGAAUUUCGAUUGCCGAAAUUGAUUGAGAUUGAAAAGUUGAUCAAAUUUUCGACGAUUGAGGAAAGACAAUAUAAAGAAGUGAAAGAUGAAUUGAGAAGAGUUGUUGAAAAUGCGAUUGGACGAGAUUCGAGGGAUAAUGAAGUUUUGUUGAGUGCUGUGACGGGAAGAGAACGAAUUAUGACGGCUUUGGCGAAAUUGAAAGAAACUCUUGUUUCGUGUAAGCUAUUUUUUGGAAGAAAAUUGAUGGAAUUCUGAUUAUGAGCCUAGGCUUACGAGUGCUCAGAAAAAUCCAACAAAUCUUUUUUUGCAGGCGGAAAUCAUUUGAUAAAAAGAAAACGUGAAAAUAUCUUCGAGGAAGUGAACAUGGAUCCAAACAACGUCACAUUUCGCCUAAUUCGUGCCAAAAAAUCGCAAAUCGCUGAUAGUUUGCGAGUGAUUGGAUACGAGCUGAACAUAUCAGCCGACUAUUAUUGGCCAUCGAAACAAUACGAAAAAAUUGGUCCAAUUUAUGAACAAUUUGUCAAACUUAUCAAGGUUGUGUUUUUGUUGACAAUGAGCAAACUGUUGAAUUAUAUUUGUUUUUUUCAGAAAGUUCAAGAGGUCAAUGAGAAUUUCGAAAGAUGUGCCAGACUAGAUUUUGAAGAUGAAGCACCUCCGGCAAAAAUGAGAAGAGUUGAAGUGGACGAUGAAUCUGAAUCUGAAUCUGAAUCCGAAGAAGAUCGAAUUAACGCGAGAGCAGAGAUUAUGGAACUUCGAAAAACAUCGAUGAAGCCAAUCAAAAUUGAUAUUGGAGCAAUGGCUCAUUUUGUGACGUAAGUAUACGGGAACUUUUUUUUGGGUAUUUACAGCACUUCGUUUUUUCAGAAAUAUCAGGGAGUUAUCCAAUAUUUCUGAAUCAGCCAAAUCAUCAAUUCAAAAUAUUGGCGGUGUUCAAAAAUUCGAAGACAAACUCAAAACAGACGUCGAAAACUUUUUUGCAACUGACAGGAUGGAAAUUCAAAAAAUGAAAUGCGAAUUCGAGAAAAUUAACAUUUUCGAUGAAAAAUUGGAGAUUCAAACGGUUUUUGAGGAAAGAGUUGAAUUCUAUUCGAAAUCGAAUUCGAAAAGUUUGGUGGAUAAUAUUAAAAUCUCAACAAUAACUGUGCGUGGGAUAUUGGAAGAAAUGCCAUUUUUGCCGAUUUUUGUGAAUUCGACAAAACACUUUGAAGAUUCGAGCGAAUUUGUGAUUACUGAUACGUGAGUGAAAUUGUGUUGAUGAAAAAUCUAUUUUUUAUUUCCAGAAGAUUUGAUGGGCGAAUAGUGAAAUUCGAAACGCAUUCACAUCGAUCUUGUUUUGGAAAUUGCAAAAAUUAUAGAUUUCUCAAUCUCGUCGAAAAUUAUGAGACUUGCACUAACUAUCAAUUAUUCCAAAAAUUGCUCGAUUUUUUGAACAAUCUGGAAGAUUUAGGCAUUGAAUUAUUUGAUGAUUUCGCAAAACUUGUCGAUCGUUUUUCGGUGAGCCGUUCUAGAAAAACAGCUAUAUUUAAUUUUAUCGCAGAACUCUCCAAUUCAAUUCAUCAAUCCCGGAGGCGACAGAAUGGAAGUGAUUAGUUGUCGACAUCAAAUUUUGGAUAUCAAUGGGAAACUUUGUCACGAUGACACUUCUCGCAAAUUGCAGAAAGCGUCGAUUGGUGAAUGUGAAUUGUGUGUGGUUUACCAUACUUUGGCCCAUUUCCGAUUUUUGGUUGGUGUCGGAAGCUUUCACGGUGAAUUGAUUCAUGAGAAUCAUAAAAAAUCGCCGGUGGCAAAAUUUGUCGAACAUGUUUUGGGAUUGGAGAAAAAGAACUGCAAGGGAUUUCAAAUGGCAAAUGAGAUCAGGUUGGUAGGAAAUCUAUCUUGUGUUUGAAACUCUACAGUACCUGAAGAUAUUCCUAUCAAAAAUCAAAUUUUUCCAGCCAAUUCUACCAAUAUUUCAAUAGUCUACGUCAAAUGGCGAUAACUAUUAAUCAAUGGUGCAAGAAAAUUGAGGAUUUCUCAUUUCGUCUGAAUAUUUUGAAACAGAAAACACACAAAUUGACACUCGAAUCAUUUCUUGGUGAAAACGACCAACUUCCUGAUUGUCCACAGCGAAAACAUCUCAUGAGAAUGGUCAGUUUUUUGUCAAGAUUCAAAUAUACAUGUCUGAAUUUCAGAAACGAAUCGAAAAUGCAUCGAGAUGGGUGUCUUCAUAUUGGUCAAAAUUGGACACUGCGUGUCAAGAGUUGGCCUAUCUUGUCACACUUUGUUUGGAACAACAUCAACAAGAAGAAAGCGAGGAAGAUGAGUCGAAAAUGUGCCGGGUUUGCUUGACGGAUAUGGAAGUUAUGGCAAUAUUUCCAUGCGGUCAUCGAGUUUGUGAGGGAUGUCUCGGCGAAUUACGAAAAAGGGCGUAAGUUUGUUAUAGAAAAGCCACGUCAUAACUAUCUACGCAAUUUUUCAUUAUAUUUCAGCGCAUUGCCAAUGACUGUUCAAUGUGUGUCUUGUCGUAAGGUAUAUAAUUGUGUAACAAUAAUGAUUGCGCAAAAUCCAUCAACCGCAAAUUCUGUAAUUCCUGGAUUUACGCUGUCAGCGAAACUGGAAUCGACAAUUCUGUUGAUGAAAGAAAUAUUGGAAGAGGAUCCCGAAAACAAGAUCAUUGUAUUCACAAAUUUUGAAGUUGGAUCGUGGAUAUGGAAAUAUGUUGUGAAGAUAUGGAAGAAGAUCAAAGUUAGUUCAAGUGCCUUUUUCCAAAUAUGUAUUAAUCACAAAAAUUUCAGUUGCCAUUCACUGAAGUUUCUCGUCAAAUGUUUGGCAAUGAUAUAUCAAAUUUCCAAUCUGACAAAGAUUGUCGAAUAUUGUUUUGUUCAUUAAAAAUGUGUGCGAAUGGUCUCAAUUUGACACAAGCCAAUCAUAUCAUAUUCUUGGAACCAUCUCAUCUGCAAUCGGUUGUAAAACAAGCAAUUGGACGAAUAUCAAGAUAUGGACAGAAAAAAGAAAUGAAAGUUUAUCAUUUGUUGAUUGAAGGAAGUAUUGAGAUGGAAAUACGGAAAAUUGCCAAAGCAAAAACUGCUGAUAAUUUGAGUGGGUUUUGAUAUUCAUUUAUUCUUGUUGAAAUUUGGUUUUUUAUUUACAGAAUCGGAAUUGACUGUUGGAAAUCUUCGCCAAAUUUUUGGUGUCCCCACUAAUGCUUGA